AUGUAUCGACAGAUAUUGGUUAAAGACGAAGAUACCAACUUUCAAAGGAUCGUGUGGAGAAAUGACUCGAAUCAACCAAUUAAGCAUUAUAAAUUAUUGACCUUAACUUUUGGGACUGCUUGUGCUCCUUAUUUAGCAGUUAAGACAUUACAGACAUUAGCAAAACAAGAGCAGCUCAGGUUCCCUACUGCAUCGGAAAUUACUCAGCGUGAUUUUUAUAUCGACGACUUAAUGACCGGAUGCGAAAAUCUAGAUGAAGCUUUACACAUAUACGACGAAAUGAAUAGUCUAAUGAAGUCUGGUGGUUUUCAAAUGCAAAAGUGGAGUAGCAAUGACACCAACUUUCUAAGUAAAAUUGGUAAAGAUAAAAUGAGUGAUGAUUUCGUACGCAUCAAAUCAGAUAAUCAAUUUAAAGUUCUCGGAUUAUCUUGGAACAGAGAGACUGAUAAUUUCGAAUAUACAAUUAAUUUACCAGAUGGUCAACAUCCUGUAACGAAGCGCCGAAUAUUAUCUGAUAUAGCUCGAUUAUAUGAUCCGAUAGGUUGGAUAGCACCGGUAGUAGUUAAAGCAAAGAUAUUUAUACAGAAGGUAUGGAAAGCAGGAUUAGAUUGGGAUGCAAAUUUAACAGAAGACCUAUUGAUAGAAUGGAAUAAUUUCAGGAAAGAGUUGAAUGAUCUGAAGAAUAUCGUGAUUCCGCGCUGGCUUCAUACAAGCAAAGAUUGUGAUAUGGAGCUACACGCAUUUUCGGAUGCUUCUAAAGCUGCAUAUGCAGCAGCAAUUUAUCUACGAGUUGUUAAUAAACUUGACAAAUCUGUGCAUGUUACCUUAAUCACAGCGAAGACUAAAGUUGCACCCAUCGACAAAGAAAUAUCGAUUCCACGAUUAGAGCUCUGCGGUGCGACACUUGCAGCUAAACUCGUGUCUGAGGUCGCUCAAGUCAUGGGUAUAGUUAAAGAAAAUACUUACGCUUGGACGGAUUCAACUGUAGUCCUUGCAUGGUUGAAAGGUCCUUCAUCUCGUUGGGCUACAUUUGUGAGCAAUAGAGUAUCAAUUAUACUUACCAUUUUGGAAUAUAAUCAGUGGGGACAUGUACCUUCGGAAUCGAAUCCAGCGGACUGCGCCUCUCGUGGUCUUAAAUCUACAGAAUUAAAGAAUUACUCACUUUGGUGGAAGGGUCCUGACUGGUUGUGUAAUUCUACAAUUGAUAUCGAUCAACCGAUUAUACCAGAUACAGAAGAAGAAAGAAAUACUAAAUCAUUUUGUGUUCAACAUCAGAAGGAAGAAGAUUUUGAGUGGAUUAGAUUUUCGUCAUUGUUUAAAAUGUUGAGAGUCAUGGCAUGGUGUCGUAGAAUUUUUAAUAGAGGAAAGGCUAAAUUACCGAAGUAUUUAACAUCUAAUGAAUUGAACGAGGCUUUAUUUAUGUGUAUCAAACAAGUUCAACAACAUGAAUUUGCUGAAGAUAUAAAACAUCUAUCAUCCAAAGGCUACGUUACAAAGAAAAGCGUUCUUCACAAACUCACACCUUUUUUGGACGAAAAAGGCAUUGUGAGAGUUGGUGGAAGAAUCAAACAACAUCCUAUUAUUAUUCCCGGAAGAAGUCAUUUAGCUACACUAAUAAUUUCAGAUACUCAUAGUCGUACUCUCCAUGGAGGCCCUCAACUCAUGCUAAAUAUUAUUAGAGCAAAAUAUUGGAUUCUACGAGCACGAGAUCGUGUCAAAAAUUUCUAUAGAAGCUGUAUCACAUGUUUACGUCAUUCUAAAGCUCAGAAAACGCAAAUAAUGGGUGAACUCCCAGAUGUUCGAUUAAAUCCGAGCAAACCGUUUAGAUCUACCGGAGUGGAUUACGCUGGCCCUAUAUUAAUGCGUUUCUCUCCAGGUCGUGGUUCCAAAGCCUACAAAGGGUACAUUAAUUGUAUUUUCGUGUGCAUGGUGACCCGAGCUAUUCAUUUGGAAGCAGUUUCUGAUUUGAGUGCAAAAGGAUUUAUAGCUGCAUUCCGAAGAUUUACAUCAAGGCGAGGUCACUGCCAGGAUUUAUAUAGCGACAAUGCUACCAAUUUUGUAGGAGCGGACAAACUCUUGCAAAGCAUGUUACGGGAGGCACGUAAAGAAAAUCCCAAUGAAUUAGUGGAUUUGUUGUCUUACGAAUCUACGACGUGGCAUUACAUACCUCCAUAUUCGCCAAAUUUUGGUGGAUUGUGGGAGGCAGGGGUGCGAUGCGUUAAAACACAUUUACGUAAGGGUGGUGGUACGUGGAAAAAAGUGUCGCGAGAAGCGUACGGUACUCGUUCGCCAGCGGUCCAAAUGAUGUGCAUGGAAGUUGGCUUUAUGGCGGGCGGUGCGGUGAUGGAAUUCCGCAGCAGUAAACCUAAACAAUUGAUAGUUGGUAACAAGGAACCGAAAGACAUAUUAGGCCAAUUAAAAUCGCUCAGGGACGUCCCUAAUGGUCCCAAAGGUACCAUCUGUACCAAUCAUGGUGACGUCACGGGCUUUGAUCGAUCAGGCUUAGUUCUUAAGAGCUUCCUAAUGCUUGCUUAA